GGCUAUUUCUCCUGUAUGGUGGACAUCCUGCUCAAUACUUCUUUCUUGGAUGAUAUGGGGGAUCAUUCAAAAAAGAAGUCGGGAAUCGCAAUGUGUGUGGGCUGUGGAAGUCAGAUACACGACCAGUACAUCCUGAGAGUCUCCCCGGACCUGGAGUGGCAUGCAGCCUGCCUCAAGUGUGCAGAGUGCAACCAGUACCUGGACGAGACCUGCACUUGCUUCGUCCGAGACGGAAAGACUUAUUGUAAAAGAGAUUACGCAAGGUUGUUUGGCAUCAAAUGUGCAAAGUGUAACAUGGGCUUCUGCAGCAGCGACCUGGUGAUGCGAGCUCGGGACAAUGUGUAUCACAUGGAGUGUUUUCGGUGCUCGGUUUGCAGUCGACACCUCCUGCCGGGAGACGAGUUCUCUCUGCGGGACGACGAGCUGCUGUGUCGGGCGGAUCACGGCUUGCUGGUGGAGCGGGCCACCGCAGGGAGCCCGCUCAGCCCGGGGAGCAUUCACACCAGACCGCUGCACAUCUCAGACACGGUUUCGGUCCGGCAUCCUCCUCAUCACCGGAACAACGUCCACAAGCAGACGGAGAAGACCACCCGGGUCCGGACGGUGCUAAACGAGAAGCAGCUCCACACGCUGAGGACCUGCUACAACGCCAACCCGCGACCGGACGCUCUGAUGAAGGAGCAGCUGGUGGAGAUGACCGGCCUCAGCCCCAGGGUGAUCCGCGUCUGGUUUCAGAACAAGCGGUGCAAAGACAAGAAGAGGUCCAUCCUGAUGAAGCAGAUUCAACAACAGCAACACAGCGACAAAACGAAUCUGCAGGGCCUGACAGGCACACCUCUGGUGGCAGGCAGUCCUAUACGGCACGACAACACCGUGCAAGGGAAUACUGUGGAGGUGCAAACCUACCAGCCACCGUGGAAAACUCUCAGCGACUUCGCCCUGCAGAGCGACCUGGACCAGCCCGCCUUCCAACAACUGGUGUCUUUCUCCGAAUCGGGCUCUCUGGGCAACUCCUCGGGCAGUGAUGUGACCUCUUUGUCGUCGCAGUUACCGGACACACCGAACAGUAUGGUGCCGAGUCCCGUGGACACGUGAGGAGGCCUCGAGGUCAGCUGCG